AUGGAUGCAGCCGAAGACCAGAAAAAGGCAGUCUUAGCCUUCCGCAAAGGGUGGAAGACAGCCCCCUGGGUGCCUAUCUCAAAGAUGCAGGCUUAUUCCGCGCGCCCAAGGCCGGUAAAGGGGCCACUCUUGGUCAGUAAUACAACAAUCCCAUGCCCUGCGUCCGAGGAGGGAGAAAAUCUACGCUCCAAGCUCUGGCACCUCUAUCAAUCGAAGAGCGAGGGGGUUGAGAAGCUUGACCCCCCGGCGCCCUGCUCCGACUACAAGGCGGAAUGGCUCGGGGUUCGAAACGAUGUGAUGGACAACAAAGCCCCUCGGCAAGACGGCACCAAACAGGAAAGAUUCCGUAGAAUUGAGCAGCACACGACAAAUGACGUGACCCUUUUCUAUAUCCCAGGAGGAGCUUGGUUCCGUGCGGGUUCUCCAGGGUCCCGGCCUCUGAUCCAGCAGCUCUGCGAGCACAGCGGCUCGCGCGCCUUUACAUUUCAGUAUCGUCUGGUGCCGCAGUACACCUUGCCCACCCUCGUGCUCGACACCUUAGUGGCUUAUUUCUACUUAAUCGCACCUCCGCCGGGAUCAUUCCACAAGCCUAUCGACCCCAAGAAACUGGUGCUGGUGGGUGAAUCUGGUGGUGCGGUUCUUCAUCUACACCUACUUCAAUUCCUCCAGUCCCUUCUGCGGGGGUCGGAAAAAGCAACUAUCACGUUGAAUGGCCGUAAGAUUCUAAUUGAGAUGCCUCGAGGCUGCGCGUUUGUCGGCCCAGCGGCAGACUUUGCAUUGGCUCUUCCCUCGGUGGGAAGAUUCAAGCCCGUGGACUGGUUAUCAGAAGGCGCGCCGUGGGUGCAGCCCGGCUUUCCAGCUGACCAGAUCUGGCCGGCCAGCCCGCCUCGAGGCGACCUGCAUUGUGACAAUUCGGCCCUUUGCCAUCCUCUGAUCGACCCCUCUACAUGGACUGAUUGGGAGGGAAUGCCGCCGAUGUGGAUUGCCUGUGGCGAGGAGACAUUUAGUGACGGGGUCAAAUUCCUGGUCAGGAACUUAACAACCUCGGGAGUUCCUGUCACUUUCCUGCAGUAUGAGUUUAUGCCCCAUGUUUGGAAUAUCGUGAUGCCGGUGCUACCUCAGAGUAAGCACUGCAUGAAAUUGUGGGGGGAGGCAUGUCGGACGAUCGGCACUGAAGCCCACCAACAAACGUCCACUGCCUGCUUGGUGAAGUUGGGCCGGUUGGAAAUGGUUCCAAGACACAUGGAUUCUUUGCUGGAUAUCCCGAACGAGGAGGUCUUGAAACGGAUGCGAGCGGCAAGAGAUGAACUGGCCAAGUUUGUCUGGAAAGGUCCCGGGGGUGGGGAAUCCAAACUGUGA